CUUCUUGUAUGUGUAGUUUCUUUGACAGCCUUAUUCAAGCACAUUGGGAGUGUUGAUGAACCAAGCACAGAUGAGUUUAUUCGUGAGAAGGUUUUAACCUUUAUUCGAGAGAAGGUGUUUCCAAUUAAAUCCGAACUUUUGAAGCCUCAGGAGGAAAUGGAAAGGCAUAUUACUGACUUGAUAAAAAAGAGUUUAGAAGAUGUAACUGGGGCAGAAUUUAGAAUGUUUAUGGACUUCUUAAAAAGUUUGAGCAUAUUUGGGGAGAAAGCUCCUCCUGAACGCAUGAAAGAACUAAUUGGUAUUAUUGAAGGACAAGCUGAUUUAGAUGCCCAAUUCAAUGUUUCAGAUGCAGAUCAUAUUGACAGGUUGAUAUCUUGCUUGUUCAUGGCUCUGCCAUUUGUUGUGAGGGGUGCGUCAAGCAGCAAAUUCCUCAACUAUUUGAACAAACACAUCCUUCCUGUUUCAGAUAAGCUUCCUGACGAACGAAGGCUAGAUUUGCUCAAAGCCCUUGCAGAAGUUUCACCUUACACAACUCCACAAGAUUCACGUCAGAUUCUUCCUUCUGUUGUUCAGCUGUUAAAGAAAAACAUGCCUCGGAGAAAGACUGGAGAGGAGUUUAACUUCACUUAUGUAGAAUGCUUGUUGUACACAUUUCACCAUCUUUCUCACAAGGUUCCAAAUGCUACUAACAGUCUAUGCGGUUACAAGAUAGUGACUGGACAACCAUCUGAUAGGCUUGGGGAGGACUUUUCGGAGCAGUAUAAGGAAUUUACUGAGAGGUUGAGUUAUGUUGAGGAGUUAACUAGGGCUACUAUGAAGAAAUUAACCCAGGGGAUGGCUGAAAAGAACAAAGCUAUGGCAGCUGCAAAAUCUGACGAAGCGAAGGAUAGCAUUAAAACUGAAAAGCAGAAUACUACAACUGGGUUGCGAACCUGCAAUAACAUAUUGGCAAUGACAAAGACUCUGCAUUCAAAAACACCCUCAUUUAUUGGAGACAAGAGUAUCAACCUAUCUUGGAAAGAAGCGACAAAACCUGCUGUGCCCUCUAACACACCUGCUACAGGAACAAAACGACCUGCUAAUCCUGCCAAUGGAUCUGGGAAUAUGGCUUCAAAGAAAAGCCGUGGAGGUGGCGGUUUACAAAAUCAGCUUGGCAAUAGAGCAUUUGAAGGUUUAUCUCAUGGCGGAAGAAGCGGGGGUGGGGGAAGGAGCAGAGGCAGAGGGUGGGGUGGACGUGGAAGGGGAAGGGGUUACAGGUAGCUUCGCAGUGAGAAAAUUCUUGGAAAUCAGGAUGGUGAGAGAUGCGCCGCAGGAAUACGUAUAUGAGUAUGUGAUGUAUUGAAUUCUUCUCUUAGGAACAAGUUUUGUUUCAUUGAGGAAGCUGAUUAGUUAUAGAUUCAUUGUGGAUUAACAGUACUUAUUGUGUUCCUCUGGAACCCUGUCCAAGAAGAACGGCUACUGGAUUAGUGCCUCUGAGUUGUCAAUCCCCUAAGAAAAAAUUAUGCAGCAGCCCGGGACUAUUCCAGGAAUCUGUCCAUACUUUUAAGUGCAUCCAUGUUGUGUUUAUUACAGUGAAGAUUGCUUUCAGGGGAAUACUUAUAAUACUGAUAAUUAGUGUAUCACUUUGUUAUUAUGGCUUUCAGAUUAUGACAUUGACCUCAGACUGAUAGAUGUUGCUUUUAUCUCAUCUGUAUUGUUUAAUCAAAGACCCCUUACUGUUGCAUAA